GUUACCCUGUUCUCAGAACUGCCAAAGAGGGGAAAUGCUUAUCGAUUGAUCUGACAAGAGGACAAUUUAAAGGCCAGUUGCAGAGCUUGCGCCAAAACAGAGCAAUACACAGGAGACAGAGUGUGCAGGCUUCAUAUCAGAACACGGCAUCCUAUAAUUAUUACAGAUACAAUUUAAUAAUGCUCCUCUUACUCUUUGUCACUGUUUGUGGAAGUAGCAUCGGCGUGGAGAGCCUCCCGUUGCCCGACUCUGGUCCACAUUUGGCAAAUGACUGGGGAGAAGCAGUCCGGCUCCGACAUCUGUAUGCAGCCAGACACGGUUUACAUCUGCAGAUAAACACAGACGGGGAAAUAAGUGGAUCGUACACGCAAAGUUCGGACAGUUUGGUUGAGAUAAGGACGGUGGAUACGGGUUGUGUUGCCAUUAAAGGAGUUGCAAGCUCCCGAUUUCUCUGCAUGGACAGAAUGGGAAAUUUGUAUGGAUCGCACACUUACACUAAGGAGGACUGCUCUUUUGUGGAACGCAUCAUGCCAGAUGGCUACAACAUCUACAUCUCAAGCAAACAUGGAGCCCUUGUGAAUUUGGGUGGUGCUAAAAGCAAGUUGCACAGUAAGGACAGGACUGCUGCAUCUCGGUUCCUGCCCAUGGUCAACACACUUUCUCAGGAACCUACCAACCACCGGUCAGGGGAACAACGCUUUCCUGUUGACCUUGAACAGGACCAUCAGUUGGGCCUUGAAAUAGACAGUCUGGACCCUUUUGGAAAGAUCUCUCAAAUUGUGAUCCAGAGUCCCAGUUUCAACAAAAGAUGAGUGAAUAAUCACUUGUGAAUGUUCUAAGGAAACAACCCAGAGGUCGACUGUAUAAAAUCAGUCCUGUCUUAAACCAGAGCACAGGGCCAGACUUUCAGAAAGAGACAAUGCUAUAGAAAGUCCAGUGAAAGCAAACUGCACACGGGACACAGUCACAGGACAAAUGUAAUGUUAUAGACUGGACAGAAAAAUCUAAAUCACUCCAAAUGUUAAAGCUCAUUGAAAGAUAAACCAUAAUGGUGCAACACCUGCAGCUUAAAUGUAUUUAUUUUUAAUGUGUUUGUGAUGACCUUGCUUUAAUUAUUGUGUAAAGAUUUAUAGCAAAUAAAGAAUGCACUAAAACAAACAACGCACAAUACAUAUAUUUUUGUAUUUUUUUAAAAUAUACAGUUAUUUGUUCUUAAAAUCUAAUUUCUUAUAUGCUAAUGUGGUUAAAUAGUAACUUGGCCAAAAUCUACAGCAAAUCACAACUUAUAAGACAGAAGUAUUCCAUUCUUAUAUAAGCAGCAUCCUCAACUACUCUAAUUAAAAUUGUUGAGAUAUUCUAUCUUUGAUAUUGUUGACAGCAUGGUACUUCCAUGAAAUACUGAUGUAUUAUAAAGAUAUUUGGGCCUGAAAAACAGCAGAAUAUAUUACAGCGUGUCCUUGCAUGAUGCCCUUGAAUAACACAGAGUCCAAUACUCAAAGGAAAGUUUCGUAACGUUGUGGCUCCCUCUUCUGGCGUAGUAUCUAAUUGCAUUUUGAGAUAAGGCUGUUAAAUGUAAUUUAAACCAGUGCCCCAUUCAAACUCAAAUAUUAUGCAUGUAGCAAACACAGAGAAGAACGGGCUAUAGGCCUUUAUGUAUAUAACUGAUGUGGUGUCUUCUGCAAGCAAGCAAAGUACAUGUAUCAAUGACUUGAAUAGUUUUACAAAUACAUGUUUCCCCCUUUUGCUGUAUUGCUAAAACUCAGACCAGAACAUUUUUGUCAUGUAAUGCUGUGUGCAAACUGUCUACAACAAAAUAAAGGAAAACAUAUCUAAUCGCAUUUUCCACAAUUAACAAGGAGACAAAGAGCUAUGUUUGAAAAGC